ACUUUUAAACACCGCCUAUCAGUGGUUGAAUCUUGAAAAUGAAACACUCUAGCUCCAAAAGAGGCAAUCAAACAAACAAGCAGAGAGCUUCUUAAUAACCAAACUCUGCUUCUGAACAGAGUAGAGAGAGUUAGAGAGAGAAAAAAAGACAUGGAAGCCAUGAAGGAGACUGUGGAUCAGAGCUUGAGAGAGAUGAGAGAGACAUUUGCGAGCGGUAGGACGAGGAGUGUGAAGUGGAGGAAGACACAGCUUGAAGCUAUAAUCGAGAUGGUCAAAGACAACGAAGACAAGAUGUGCGAGGUUCUGUUUCAAGAUUUGGGCAAACACAGUACUGAAGCUUUUAGAGAUGAGCUUGGUUUUGUCAUGAGAUCAGCUACUACUGCUUUAAGCAGUCUUGAUAAAUGGGUUGUUCCCAGAAAGAGCAACCUUCCUCUGUUGUUCUACCCAGCAACAGGGAAAGUGAUCUCAGAACCGUAUGGGACGGUUCUUGUUCUGUCUAGCUGGAACUUUCCUAUUUCUUUGUCUUUGGACCCAAUGAUUGGGGCAAUAUCAGCAGGAAAUACCGUGCUACUCAAGGCAUCUGAACUGAGCCCUAACGCAUCUGCCUUCCUCGCCAAGACGAUCCCGUCUUAUCUAGACACUAAAGCCAUCAAAGUUAUCGAAGGAGGACCUGAUGUCGCGACUAUCCUCUUGCAGCAUCAAUGGGAUAAGAUCUUCUUCACUGGGAGUCCAAGAAUCGGAAAGAUUAUAAUGGCUGCAGCUGCAGAGCAUUUGACUCCUGUGACAUUGGAGCUUGGUGGAAAAUGUCCCACCAUUAUUGAUCACCACUCUGUUUCAAAGGACAUGAAGUCCAUUGUGAAGAGGAUCUCGGGAGGAAAAUGGGGAUCUUGCAGUGGACAAGCUUGUAUCUCCGUUGAUUACGUUCUUGUUGAACAGAGUUUUGCGUCUUCUCUGAUUGAAAUGUUGAAGCCGGUGAUAAAGUCUUUCUUUGGAGAAAACCCUAAAGAAUCAGGAUGUCUAGCUAGGAUUGUCACCAAGAAACAUUUUCAGAGAUUGUCUCGUCUUCUUAAUGAUCCUCGUGUUCAAGCUUCAAUCGUCUAUGGAGGCUCCAUGGAUGAAGAGAAGCUGUAUGUUGAGCCAACGAUCUUGUUGAAUCCUCCUCUUGAUUCUGAGAUAAUGAAUGAAGAAAUAUUUGGUCCAAUUCUCCCAAUCAUCACAUUACGUGACAUCCAAGAAAGCAUAGGGUUCAUCAAGUCAAAACCAAAGCCACUUGCCAUCUAUGCAUUCACCAAGGACGACAAACUUAAAACUAGAAUCUUGUCAGAAACAUCCUCUGGAAGUGUUACCUUCAACGACGUCAUGAUCCAGUAUAUGUGUGAUGCGUUGCCCUUUGGAGGAGUGGGAGAGAGUGGAACAGGAAGGUAUCACGGGAAAUACUCAUUUGAAUGUUUCAGUCACGAGAAGGCAAUAAUGGAAGGAAGUUUAGCAAUGGAUCUUGAAGCUCGAUACCCUCCAUGGAACACCUUCAAGCUCACCUUUAUUAGACUCGCAUUUCGUGAAGCUUACUUCAAGCUUGUCCUCUUAAUGCUUGGUCUUAAAAAAUAAAAUAAGGGAGCGAGAAGAGAAACACACGCAAUAUAUAUUAUGUGAUUGAUUUGUAUCACUCUUAUGUUUGAUUUUCAUAUCUUCACCUAAUAAGUUUGAUAAUAUAUGUCAUUUAAGCUAUGAGAUAUUCUAUAUAAGCAACUUUCACUUAUAUUUUAACCAAGUUACAUUCUUAUU